CCGCCCUACAUGUUCUACCGGUCUCUUGGCACCCACUUCGGCUGCCCCUCUAGGGGUCCCGAAACACUUCAGGACGGAAAAGGUGGGGGAACUCUCUGCUGCUGCUCACAGGCUUCCCCCUCUCCUUGGAGACCUGCAGUUUGAGAGCUGGAUUGAAAGAUGUCUCAAUGAAAGCGAGAAUAAACGCUAUUCCAGCCACACAUCUCUGGGGAAUGUGUCUAAUGAUGAAAAUGAGGAAAAAGAAAAUAACAGAGCAUCCAAGCCCCACUCCACGCCGGCCACCCUGCAAUGGCUGGAGGAAAACUACGAGAUUGCAGAGGGCGUCUGCAUCCCCCGCAGUGCCCUCUACAUGCACUACCUGGAUUUCUGUGAGAAGAAUGACACUCAGCCUGUCAAUGCUGCCAGCUUUGGGAAGAUCAUAAGGCAGCAGUUUCCUCAGCUAACCACCAGAAGACUCGGGACCCGAGGACAGUCAAAGUACCAUUACUAUGGCAUAGCGGUGAAGGAGAGCUCCCAGUAUUAUGAUGUGAUGUACUCAAAGAAAGGAGCUGCCUGGGUGAGCGAGACGGGCAAGAGAGAAGUCACCAAGCAGACGGUGGCAUAUUCUCCCCGGUCCAAGCUUGGGACAUUGCUGCCAGACUUUCCAAACGUCAAAGACCUAAAUCUGCCAGCCAGUCUUCCUGAGGAGAAGGUGUCCACCUUUAUUAUGAUGUACAGAACACACUGUCAGAGAAUACUGGACACUGUAAUAAGAGCCAACUUUGAUGAGGUUCAAAGUUUCCUUCUGCACUUUUGGCAAGGGAUGCCGCCCCACAUGCUGCCCGUGCUAGGCUCCUCCACGGUGGUGAACAUCGUGGGCGUGUGUGACUCCAUCCUCUACAAAGCCAUCUCCGGUGUGUUGAUGCCCACGGUGCUGCAGGCGUUGCCGGACAGCUUAACUCAGGUGAUCCGAAAGUUUGCCAAGCAGCUGGACGAGUGGCUGAAAGUGGCUCUCCACGAUCUCCCGGAAAACCUGAGAAACAUCAAAUUUGAAUUAUCAAGGAGGUUUUCCCAAAUCCUGAGGAGGCAAACAUCGCUGAACCAUCUGUGCCAGGCAUCUCGAACGGUGAUCCACAGUGCAGACAUCACGUUCCAGAUGCUGGAGGACUGGAGGAAUGUGGACCUGAGUAGCAUCACCAAGCAGACUCUGUACACCAUGGAGGACUCUCGGGAUGAGCACCGCAGACUCAUCAUCCAGUUGUACCAGGAGUUUGACCACCUGCUGGAGGAACAGUCCCCCAUCGAGGCUUACAUAGAAUGGCUGGAUACCAUGGUAGACCGAUGCGUUGUAAAGGUGGCUGCCAAGAGACAAGGGUCCCUGAAGAAAGUAGCCCAACAGUUCCUGCUGAUGUGGUCUUGCUUUGGUACGAGGGUGAUCCGGGACAUGACCUUGCACAGUGCCCCCAGCUUCGGGUCUUUUCACCUCAUUCACCUGAUGUUCGACGACUACGUGCUCUACUUGCUAGAAUCUCUGCAUUGUCAGGAGCGGGCCAACGAGCUCAUGCGAGCCAUGAAGGGAGAAGGAAGCACUGCAGAAGCCCAGGAAGAGAUUAUCUUGACAGAGGCUACCCCACCAACCCCUUCACCGGGUCCAUCAUUUUCUCCAGCAAAGUCUGCCACAUCUGUGGAGGUGCCACCUCCCUCCUCCCCUGUCAGCAACCCAUCCCCCGAAUACACUGGCCUUAGCACAGCAGGAGCGAUGCAGUCAUAUACGUGGUCGCUAACGUAUACAGUAACAACGGCUGCAGGGUCACCGGCUGAGAACUCCCAACAACUACCCUGUAUGAGGAGCACCCAUAUGCCUUCUUCCUCCGUCACACACAGGAUACCAGUCUACUCCCACAGAGAGGAGCAUGGGUACACGGGAAGCUAUAACUACGGGAGCUAUGGCAACCAGCAUCCUCACCCACUGCAGAACCAGUAUCCAGCCCUGCCUCAUGACACAGCCAUCUCUGGGCCGCUCCACUACUCCCCUUACCACAGGAGCUCUGCCCAGUACCCUUUCAAUAGCCCCACUUCCAGGAUGGAACCUUGUUUGAUGAGCAGUACUCCCAGGCUGCAUCCUACCCCAGUGACUCCCCGAUGGCCAGAGGUGCCAACCGCCAACGCAUGCUACACAAGCCCGUCUGUGCAUUCCACGAGGUAUGGAAACUCUAGUGACAUGUACACCCCGCUGACCACGCGCAGGAAUUCUGAGUAUGAGCACAUGCAACACUUUCCUGGCUUUGCUUACAUCAACGGAGAGGCCUCCACUGGAUGGGCUAAGUGACUGCUUUCAUAGAAAUCCAUAUUUAAUAUUAAUAAUUAAUAAUAAUAAACCCAGUACCCACCCUCCAGAGACUUUAUUUCAAUACAUCAUAACUUGUGGGCUGACCUAAGCAUCCAUUCUCCUAAUGAACAAGAGGAUGUUCAACGUGGAAUGAAUAGACUUUAGUUCAGAAACAGGAGUCACUAAAAGUCAGUGCGAUUGGGUUUCUGUAGCCAAGCCAGACUUGACUGUUUCUAUAGAGCACUAUCUUGGGCAGGCCGAUCCGUGCCUUUCCCCUCUGUUCCAUGACCUUGCAUGGCAACCACUCCUUGUAUAGGGUACUUAUUUUCUUGUUGACAAAGCUCUUUAGUCUUGAAGGAUGGAUAGUGGAGCCAGAAUCUGGUUUGUGUUCUUGGACGGGCACAUAAUUUACCAAGAGCAUUCACCUUGCCACCUGUCUGUCUGUCACCUCGCUGUACGGUUACCAGCCCUCAGACAUGUAAUCCACAUCCCUACUUCCUGGUGACGUCAUUCCUACUUCCUGGAGUCCCUGGAAGUUUUUGAAAAUGCUAAGCUCCCUGCUAAGUUCCAUUCGUACCUGCCAUAUUACCUGCAUUGUCCUGGACUGUAAGCACUGUUGUUGAGGGACCGAAGAGGCCUGUUAUAUAUUGCCUUUAGUUGAUUGAUGUCUGUAGGGACCAGUUCUUCUAUGUACAAGGAUUUGUCCUAAGUUUGCACAAUGGCUAGCAUCAGCAAAAGGCAGGAGAGAGUUUUCUUGAGUUCUGUGAGAAAUGUGGAUUUAUGGCACUAAACACUGUCCUCCGCUGUGUGACUUUGUGAAGCUGGAUGGAGCAGACUUUCACUUAGCAAGCACCAAGUGUGAAAACAACUGUCUGGUUUCUUCAUAAGACUAGAAUACUUUCCGACACUUUGCUAGAAAAAAAAAUUCAAAGCUGUGCCUUUGAGUCUAUACUAUACUGUGUAUGUGUGGAAAUAAAAAAAAUGUAUUGUACUUUGGGAAAAAUUUUUCUUAGGUAUUUUUUGUCAGAUUUGUAGCUAUUUGUGAGGUUUGUUAGAGAUUAACAUAGGUUUUCUUUCUGUAUUAUAAGAUGCACCAAGCAAUUAUGGUGGACCUAUUACCCUAUGGGUAAGAAAUAAAUGGAAAUAUGACAUCGGAUGUUUUAGCAAAUGUUCUGUAAAUAAAAUGUUUGAUCACACCACCCAGUGUGAUAAUCAUGUCUACAGCUAAAAUGGAAAUAGUUUUAUCUGUACAGUUGUGCAAGAUAUGGAUGGUUUCACACUCAAAUAAAAAGUAUUGAAAUGAC